UGCGGCUGUUGUUUGAAGCUGCUCUAUGAAGCUUAUCAUGUUGUCACUAUUCAGAGCCCUCAUGUUCGCAGAUGCUCAAGGUGGAAUCGCAGACAUUGUCCAAAACUCCAGUAUCACCGGAAGCCUUUGACAAGGCCACGAGGGAGCAAGAAAAACAGCAAGACAUGCCAUCCCCUCUCACUCGACAAGCAGCCCCCUCUCCCUCAAAACCCCAACCAUCAUUCCUGACACCUCCUCAACUUCUUCCCCUUAUUAAUCCCCUUAAACCCAUCAUCUUGUUUCUCCGCCAGCACCCCAUUUUCGCGAAUCUCACCCAAAGCCUCCUCCCCGAUAGUCAGUCAUCCUAGCAGCCUUUUCUCGAGAAAGUCGAGUGCGCUUUCAGGAGCACCGAGUUGAGGCCUUUUGUCGUAGGUCAUACAGGUGGCUCUUGUGCCUGUGGCUUGGAAGAUUGUGCCGUUAGAAGGGAGAGGCGAUGAGGGUGAUGUUGAGGUGGUAGGAGUUGGGCGUGGGGAGGUAGAGGGCGUGGUGGUCGCCGGCUGGGGUUCCACCGAGGGAGACUAUGAGGUAGAGGGUUGGUCAUUGUUUAGGGUAGUGAUUUGUAGGUACGAGAUGGAGAUUGGAAGGAUGUUGACGCGAGACGAAGAAUUAGGGCGACGGGGGCUGUGUUGUACGAUAUGUCUAAGCGCGCGCCUACGGAACUCCUAUCUAGUGUUUCACUCCGCAUUUGUUGAUCUGUGAGCUGCAACCUGAAAAGUUAUCACCGUACAGCUCACAAGACAAAGGUGGGUUCGAAUUAGUCAAAGAAGACUGCCGGUUUUG